AUGACUGCCACAGAAAGCAGGCCGCUUCUCGACAAAUACAUGAGCCUUGAUCAAGGCGAGCGAGUUCAAGUCUUGUACGUUUGGAUUGAUGGAACCGGCGAAUCCAUGCGGUGUAAAACGAAGACAGUAGAUUCCGAACCAUCGAGUCAUGAAGAACUCCCGAUAUGGAACUUCGAUGGUUCGAGCACAUACCAGGCUGAAGGUUGUAACAGCGACGUUUAUCUUCGCCCCGUCGCAAUGUUUCGGGAUCCCUUCAGGCGAGGAAAGAAUAAGAUCGUGUUGUGCGAGACUCUUAACUUCGAUCACAAGCCGGGAGUUUCGAACCAUAGGUUAUCCUGCAUACAAGCCAUGGACGAACCAACAGUCAAGGUUAGUUAACGUGGCGUUCGAAACACAAGCUUGAGCUACUUUGAAUGUUUAACCUUACUUUUUUCGAAUCGCCCUUUUCUUUGCCAUUUUAAAUUUCGAUGACUCAGUAUGAAAAUGAAGAAAACCUAGAUAGAAAUGUACAUGUCAAAGCUUUAUUUAAUGAAGUCUGUUUUUUGUAGACUACUACUACUUCUACUAGUAAAUCGCUUUUCGGCGGGAAAUUAGCCCGCCAAAAUAAAAUAAUUAACAGAGCAGAGAAAUAAUGUCAAACGCUUGACUAGACGGGUCUUGACCCGAGAAGUGUUCGUGGAAUCCAUUCUCCAAAUAAUCUACGCGGUAGCUGAUGUGUUUUCACUGACAACGUAGACCUUGAACCCUUUUGAUUAUUAAUUUUGUUAUUAUGGUAAUGCUGUUUUAAUUUUUUCGUCUGUCUUUCUCUCUUUCUUUCUUUCACAUCAUCAUUGGUUGUUGGUUGUUUUAGAAACUUAGUGUUUUUUUCGGAGCAUUUCUUAGUUGUACAUAAUAUCUAUUUCUUAUUUUCAUGGCCCUUGGGUGGUGGGUAAACUUAAUGUUGGGUAGAGUAAUGGGCAGUUAGCGAAGAUUAAUCAUAGAGGCAAUAAGCUCAUAAGGAUAAAGGUUAAGGCGCUGCUAAAAAUCAUAAAUAUUGUACGUGCUCCAUUGUUAUCGACUGUGAACUCAUCUUGUUUCAAAAGGGCAAUGAAUCAAUUUCGUUCGUAGAGGUUUUAUUAGGUGGGUGAAAUGUUUGCAUUUUCUCAAUAAGCUGGGAUAGCUUACAUGUUUGGCGUUCCUAAGGCGUCUUUGGUCGGUGUGGUUUGACCACUGGUAUAAAAAUGUUGUCGUGUAAACGGACCAAAGACAUCACAUUUACAUUUACCACUACGUUUAUCCUACCAAGCUGCCGCAAUUUCCUUUUGUUGUUACCCAAAUUCCUCUGAUCUAAGCAGCUAAGGUGAUAUCCUGAACAUCAUAACCAACAAUCCUAGCUAACAUUGACUUCCUUAUUUCAACUUUUUUUUUAUUUCAGUAGAAUAUUUCAAGCUCUUCAUUGAAAUCUCACUGAGGACAUAAAUUCCUAUACUAAGGAAACUGUGGUCCAAUGAAAACUUUCUUUGUCCCAGUUAUGUAGGAACAGGUCCCUGAAAGAACAUAUUCCAUAACAAACAAACAGCUUUUCAGUCUUUUGGCUAAUCGUUGUGCCAAGUUGUAUUGUAAACAUUCAGCUUCGCAUGCUUGCCACAACACAUUUUUUUCCCAUCAUAACUCAUACUUUCCUUAAAAUAUGAGGACAAGGUCAUUUUUUUAAAGUCAAUGGCAAAAUGCUGUACUUGAGAAAAAAACAAUUAUUUCCAAAAUUUCGUCAGCAUAUUUUGUGCACCUGCAUAAUGUUUCCUGAAUUCUUUGGGAAAAAAUAAAGCCAGUAUGGCAUAAUUUUACUUUGGGAGUAUGUUGGCUGUACUUGAUUAAAUAAAAUUAAUGUUUAACAUUAUUGUUCAUCUUAGAGUUCCAAACCUUGGUUUGGUAUUGAACAAGAAUACACAUUGCUUGACAAAGAUGGUCAUCCUCUUGGCUGGCCAAAAGGUGGGUUCCCUGGGCCACAGGGACCCUACUACUGUGCUGUUGGCACUGGAAAUGUGUUUGGACGUGACGUGGUUGAAGCUCAUUACCGUGCGUGCCUAUAUGCGGGUGUGAAAAUUGCAGGAACAAAUGCAGAAGUUAUGCCAGCUCAGGUCAGGAGUGUUGAGUUUUAGAUCAAUAUUUAGCUGCCAACUUUGAAUAUUCUCAGACAUUCAGAGAUUAGUCAGUUCUAUAGUAAAUAUUGCAAACUUGUGGUCUUUUAGCAUGUAUGUACUACAAAUUGAGGGUCUGACAGUCAUGUAAUUUUCUUGAAAAUAGGGUGUCUUUUGUGGUUAUGGUGGCAGUUAAGGCAAUUCGAUCCCUCUGGGCUAUACAGUGACGUAGACUGGGCUAGAACUUAAAUAUAGAAACAAGCUACAAAUUAAAACUGCAAUUAUUAAUGUAUCAACCAUCCCUUCUAUUAACCCUGUUAGGGUAAUAUUGUGACAAGGGACAUGGCCUUGAAAUAGUGACAUAAGACUAGUUAAAAUGGCGACAAAUGACAUUAAGAUGUGUUAAAUAUGGACAGGGACAUGGCCCACUCAACAAAAAUAAGAGGAAACAACCACAUUUGAAAUUCAGACCAGAUACAUACCUACCCCCCUCCCUCACCCCCUGCCUAAUUAAUAGAGCCUCUUCCAUUCCUGACCAACUGUGGUUGAAGCUCAUGACUUCAUGCUAGCACCUUGAGCAAGGAUUGUAACAAAGAGGAGCAAAGGUUGUUUGUAGCAGUGUAUUUCUGAAGUAUAACAAGAUAAUUCCACAAUACGAAAAAGUAUUUUUGAAAGCUGUUACGUUGUCAUGCUAAACAUCCUUUUUGUUUGUUUCCAGUGGGAAUACCAAGUGGGACCCUGUGAAGGAAUCGACAUGGGAGACCAGCUAUGGAUGUCCAGAUUUCUCUUGUAUCGUGUCUCUGAAGAUUUUGGUUACAAAGUUUCCUUUGACCCCAAACCCAUUCCUGGAGACUGGAAUGGAGCGGGAGCACACACCAACUACAGGUUAGUUGAAUUGUUUUAGUAGCUUUUCUGGUCAAACAGCAAUUCUGUGUUUUGUCGGGUCAGUAUGUUGUCCCUUUGGUAAUAAGCCCCCUAACUCAAAAGUAAGUAGAGUUUCCUGUAAAUGAUCUGCACUGCUCUGAGGGUAUUUCUGUAGGUUCUCUUGGUCCCCCUUCCUCCCACCCCUUCCACAGUAACCUAAAAGCCAAAUUCUAGCCUAAUCAGGGAACCUAGAGCCACAGAUGUGUCACCUUUCCUCUAAAAGCCAAGCAAUGAAAUACAUAUUCUUCACACUUUUUCUGUAAUACGGUUCUCGUGAAGAGAUUUCACUAAAAAAUUCAAGUUUUACCGAAACAGUUUACCCACCGGAACAGUUUACUUGUCUCUUUUCAACCCACUCAUACCCCUUACAAAGUUGGUAAUGCCCAAGGCCUUUAAGGAGAAUUUAACUAUUUUUGCCAUAGCAUGGAUCUUAUCUUAUUUUCUUCCUCCUUAGCACUGAAUCCAUGCGCAAAGAGGGAGGGAUAAAACAAAUUUAUGAAGCCAUUGAGAAACUCUCCAGCCGCCACACCUACCACAUCAGCAUGUAUGACCCAAAGGGAGGAGAAGACAACAAGCGCCGUCUGACAGGUCGUCAUGAAACAGCCAGCAUCCAUAGCUUUUCACAUGGUGUUGCCAAUCGUGGUGCCAGUGUGCGAAUUCCACGCCAGUGCGCAGAAGAUGGUAGUGGAUACCUUGAGGAUAGGAGACCAGCCUCUAACUGUGAUCCAUACAGAGUUACUGAGGCCAUAGUCAGAACAACAAUCAUGGGAGAGACAGAUUAAGUUAUUUAAUGUAAAUGGCUGGCCCAAGUCUUGUAAACUUUUUGGGAACUUUAGUACGAGUUAACAUAUUUAAUCACAAACAUGUUUAAUGCAUACUAAUUUCAUAUGUAAUUCCCCAGGAUUCUUUUGUUUUCAAGUCACAUCAAAAUCAUUUUGCUUGUUGCCUUACAGUAGUUAUUCCA